GUCGGCUUUUUUUAUUGUAUUAAAAAUAAGGGUGGCAGCAGAGGAAUGUGUUUGUAAAUUCGCCGGUUUUUAGCGAGUUUUAAAUUUAUUCUCUUUAAAUGAAUGAGUUUUUACAUAAAUUAUAAUUUGUAAAUUUUGGAUUAUCUAAAUACUUUGUUUUUUAUACAGGAAGCUUCAAGUUUGUAAGACCAAAAUGAAUACUGAAGUAAAACGACCCAUCAAACCGAACAUGAAAUAUGAACAUUUGGAAGAUUUCUGUCCAGGUCCCUUAGAUAAUUACAGGUCAAAAGCUUCUUUUAAUUGGAAAGAAAUGAAGUUGCUAUUCAUUGGUAGAGAUAUGAUUGAGUUUCAGAACAGAGUAUGGAAGACGUUAGAAGCCGAUCCACUUUUUCAUCAGGUACCCACAGCUGAAUUAACACGCCAGGAAGCUAGGAAACUUUGUUUUCAGAGAAUGAAACGCAUCAAGGAAUACAAAUUCUUUUCUGAUGAAGAAUUUAGAGAAAAUCCGUUAAUUGCUUUAAAUCUCUACAUAUGUGUAGGCAUGAUAGAUUGGUCACUUGCUUUAAAACUUCUGCUUGGUUUAGAGUAUUUCAUAAUGGUUUUGAGGCUUUCUGGAACAAAACGACAUGUGAAGUUAAUGAAUGAUGUCAGCAAUUUCAAAGCUAUCGGUUGUUUUGCCUUAACUGAAAUGGCUCAUGGAACAAAUACUCGCUGCAUGAAGACAACUGCUACAUAUGAUCCACUUUCGCAGGAAUUUGUUUUGAACACUCCAAGGUUAGAGGCAACAAAAAUGUGGAUUGGAAAUUUAGGACAAAGUGCUUCACACGCUGCUCUAUAUGCUCAACUGUAUACGCCUGAUGGUAAAUGUCAUGGACUUCAUGCUUUUAUAGUGCCCAUUCGAGAUCCUAAGACUCACUUACCUUAUUCUGGAGUAACUGUGGGUGAUAUGGGACCUAAAUUGGGACUACAAGGAUUAGAUAAUGGGUUUAUGUCAUUCCAAAACUACAGAAUUCCUAGAGAGGCUCUCUUAAGUAGAACUGGUGAUGUUACACCUGAUGGAAAAUAUAUUUCACCUUACAAAGAUCCAAAUAAGAGAUUUGGUGCAUCACUAGGUUCUUUAUCUUUGGGCAGAAUGGGAAUAAUUAGUGUUGGUAUUGCAAACUUGCAUAUGUGUCUACCCAUAGCUAUACGAUAUGCUGCCAUACGUAAACAGUUUGGUCCACAAGGUCAAGAAGAAAUACCUAUUUUAGAGUAUCAGCUUCAUCAAUACAGACUACUACCAUACUUAGCUGCUGCAUAUACUUUGUAUCAUUUUGUGUCUCGUUAUAACAACGACUUGAUAAAUAUACAGAUGAAAAUCAUUUUUGGAGAAAAGUCUUCUGAGCUUUCGGAUCAAGUUGGUGAGCUACAUGCUUUGUGUUCUGCUGCAAAGCCUGUCAUUACUUGGGCAGCCAGGGAUGCUAUUCAGGAAUGCCGUGAAGCUUGUGGUGGUCACGGUUACUUGCAAGCUAGUGGAUUCGGCCAUCUGAGAAAUGAUAAUGAUGCAAACUGUACGUAUGAAGGAGAUAAUAAUGUCUUACUUCAACAGACAAGCAAUUAUUUACUCGGUCUCUUAAAGAAGAAAAGAGAGGGUUGUGAGUUUGUUCAUCUGGAGAGCAUAUGCUUCCUGGAUCACAUGGAUCAGAUUCUGGGAGAAACAUUCCAUGCUCGAGAAGUAAAAGAUUGUUUGAAUAUGAAAGUGUUAAUUGAUGCAUUUCAAUGGCUGGUAUGCUAUCUCAUGCAGCAAAGUUACGAAAAAUAUGACGAAUUAUUAUCAGAUAGUAAUGAUGCCUUUCUUGCAAAAAGCAAUAACCAAGUGUUUUACUGCAGAGAUUUGUCUUUAGUUUUCUUUGAGCAUGCUGUACUCCAAAAGUUCUAUAACUUUAUCAUUGAAGAGGCUGCUGACCCACACCUUUCUGAUGUUUUGCACAAAUUAGGAUGUUUAUAUGGUUUAUGGAGGUUACAAGAUUAUUUCACCGUGCUGCAUGAAGGAGGCUAUUGUGAGAUGAGACAUCAUAGCACAAUAAUAAAACAAGCUAUAUUACGAUUGUGCUCUGAACUUAAAGAUGAAGCAGUGUCACUGGUUGACGUUAUUGCGCCACCUGAUUUUGUUUUAAACUCUGCUUUGGGAAAAUCUGAUGGACAGGUUUACAAGAACUUGUAUGAUGCAAUCAUCCAAACCCCUGGUUCUCUAGAUCGGGCUCCCUGGUGGAAAGAGUUUUUACAAAAACCUAAAGUGUAUUCUAUUCAAGCAAAGCUGUGAUUUGACUCAAAGUUAAUCUUUCUCCAAGUGAACCACUCAAGUAUUUUUCAUUGUUGUGCGAUGAUGAAAGUGUUUAGUUUUUUAGAAUUUUUCAGGGAGCUUCUUACGGAGGUAUAUUUAAACUAGAUAAUUUGCUUAUUGUAGUUGGCUUUGAUAGUGAUAAAAAAAUAUCAAAACCAUUUUCAGACUUUUUUACUCAGAUUUAUUAUGAAAUUUUUACAUAUUUGCACAAGAUAUAUCAAAAGUGUUGGAGUGUAAAUAUGACUUCCAAAAUGUGAAACUAUUUUUAAAAUUGAAAUUGCACAUUUUUUUUUAAAGAUAUUUUUAUUUUAAAAUUACUCUUUCAAUUACGAUCUUAUACUAAUAGUUCAAAGAUGGUAAAGGACAGUUAAGCAAGUUUAUGUCAGGUUUGGGAUUUUGACAUUAAAGCUUUAUAAACAUUAUAAAUUGUUCAAACAAUUUUUAAUGUUCUAAUAGUAUUGAAUAAUUUACUGAAAGUAUUAGCACCAUUUAAAAGUGGAAAUAUGUUAAUAUUUAGAUUACUCAUUUUUUUAAAAACAUUUAAUUAUUUAUAUACAUAGAGAGUCUAUAAUUUAAAAAGAAUAUUGUACACUAAGUCAUUUAGAAAAGCAUUUAAUACGGCUGUUUAAAAUUAAAUAGUGCUACAUAAAUUUGUAGUGAGCUUUGUUAUAAUAUUUGUUCAUAUUUUAUGAUCUCCAUAGUUAUGUUUUAGCACUACUUUAUAAUUAUUUUCACUUUUAGUUUGAUAUGUAUGUAAUGAAUAAAGAAAUUAAUUUUUUAGCAUAUAAAAAAUCAGGUAAAUUUUACCUAAGCAUACUAAAAAAAUUUUGUAACCUAGGAUAAACUAUUUAUAAAACAUUUUUAGGGACUGCUAAAUUAAUUUUUUGAUAAACAAAAGUAAAACAGCAAAAUUGAAAGGAAUAAGUGCACUUAAAAAUAAGAAAUAACAAUGAAAAAGCAUUUGUUGUACAUACGUCAUCUUCACAUAAACAUUGUUGAUUCAUAGAUCAAAAUUCCUCUCUAAUUUAAAGUUUGCAUAACGUUAAAAAAAAUUUUUAUUUUUUAAUAUAUUAAAAAAAAUAAUGCGCUCGUAUUAAAAAAAAGUUUUUUGAAAAUGAAACACUCUAGCUUUGCUAAUAGUAACUGUUUGUAAUGGAGAAAAUUUUGAAGGUUUAAAUUAGCAUAAUCUUAUUUUGUGCAUGGGAACUUUGGAGGUGGCAUUUAAGUGUUAAAUUCCAGACUUUUGAUACAUUAUAAAAAUUUUCGUCCAGAUUCUGUGCUAUACAUGUAGAGCUCAUAUAUCUAAAUUGCUGAACAACAUAUAGCAUCACUGAACUAUGCAUAAAUAGUUAAAUUAAUUGCUGAGUAUUUUAAACUUAAAAUUCUGAGCUCAUUUUUACUCACUGUUGUAUAAGCUAAGUAAAAUUGAAAUUUUUUCCUUCAUCUGUUAAAAUUAAAUGUGCAUUUCAAAUAAAGGUACUUUGCGAUUAUCCCAUCGACCUCUCAAAGCUGGCGAAAAUGCUCAAAUCUUUUGGCCCCAUCAUAAUGAAAAAAAAUUUCUAAAAUAAACAUUCUAAACACAUUAAAAUUAUCAAAAAAUAAUAACAAAAAAUUUAAGUGUGAUACGUGAUAAAAAAGUGUAAUAAAAAGAAUCAGAACAAAGUAAAAACCUUAUUUUUUUUUUUAAUAAUUACACAUUGAAUUAUUCUUGAAUCUAACCAUAUUAAAAAUCAUUUCAAUGGCAAAAAAUUCAUAGCUUUUAAAGCGCAAACAAACAAGUUAUUAUCUUUGUGCAGUCGCCGGCUUAUAAAUAAAUUUAAAUAUGAAUCCGAGUGUUUUGGGGUAGUUCCGCAGUUAAAUAAUAAUCUUUUCAGUGCUAUCGGCGCAGAAGAUACCUUUCGGUGAUAUCGGGUUUGGUGAAAAUAGUCGACGGGGUAAUUCUCAAAGUACCCAAAUAAAAUACUGUAAAAAAGAAAAAAUGCUGGAGAUCAACUAUACUGGUGAUAUGUGGGUGAAGAAAAAAGAAUUAUGAACUUAAUCUGUUAAAAAACCUUGAAAGUACAUUUUUGAUGGCAUUUUUAGCCCAGCUAUGUAUGGCACAAAAAAAGCAAUAAACAUUUCUAUUCUGUUUCCAUUUAAAAUGUUUAAAUUGUUUUAAAGAUUCUGCGAAUGCAUUUAUAUUUUUCUUCAAGUAUUUACCUCAAAAAUAGAAAGGUGAUUUUAAUAUUCUUAGUAUUUUUUAUAUUAGUUUUUAAUUAUUUAUUGUGAUUACUAAUUGUUAUAACUUUAUUAACGCAUUAUUUUACGGCUCAGUGGGCCUUAAAAUUGUUGUUUUUUUCUUUAUUAAAACUUAAAAUUGGUUUGUUUGCAUUCUGGUAUUCGGAAUUUAUUAUUAUGUAUCUCUUCUAUGUAAUAUUAAAAGUGUAUACCAUUGAAAUUAUUUGUAAAUUUACACUUCAUAUUUCACGUUUUCUUCUUUUAUUUUAAAUAUUGUUGGUUGAAGAUAAUAAGUUUUCUACCUGUAGAGAACUUUAUUUUUGUGCAUGCUUCCAUUUCUCUUUGAUUAUGUAAGAAAUCAAGUUAUUCUGAAUAUUGCAUUACUUUGCACGUGAAAUAUAAUUUUACUCCUUUUAUAUUUAAUUUUUAAAAAAUUAUUGCUUAAGUGUGAAAGAUCUAAUGAUGACUUAAUUAAAUUUAAGAAAAACGAAUAUAUUAUAUAAGAUGUUAUUUCAAAUACAAACAGUAUAGACUUUCUAUCAAGUGUUAAUCAAAAUGUUGUUUAUUUUUAUCAAUCUUGAAUUGUUAUGCAAUUCUAGUCCAUAGAACUUAUUUUUUAUAUUAUGCAUAAUGUUAGAGUAUGUCUAUAAAGUUUUAAAUUAUAUAGAGUCAUUUCAUUUUACAUAUAUUACUUUUAAGAAGUUUGUUUACCAAUGUAUUUCAUCAUUAAAAUCAAAAUUUAAUUAUUUUGACCGGGUACUUUAUUUACAUUCCUUGCCAUUAGUUAGUGUUCAUGUUUGCUCAUAUUUUUAUAUUACUUAAUUUACUAAAUCCCAUUCAGUAUUAAGUCAUUUUUUAGUUCCUAUGAUGGUGCUUGUUUACAAAUUUCCAUUCACAAGAUGUAUUUAUUACAUUUUUGCCUUUUUUAUUCGGAAAUGUUAUAUUUGUGUUUUAAAUUGUGCACAGAAAUAUUUUUGGCUUGUUGAUCGAGUCAUCUUCAUAUGUUUGUAAUAGCCAUUUAAUAAAGCUUGAAACUCA